AUGUUCACUGUCAUUUACCCCGUCACAGGGCCUUUAGUAGUGAGAGCUGGGACUGAGGACGUCCUGGGGAAUAUAGAUGGACACUCAUCCCUUUCCCUCUCCAUACUCCUCACUCUCAUCCCCCCUUUCCUCUUCUCCGCAGAAUUUCCUGAGCAGCUCCCAGACAUGACCCUGAAUCGGGAAGUGUCUGGCUCAGAUGUCACGGUCAUGCACUUCCCCACUCCAGGGCCUGUCCAGCAGUCUCCCCGGGAACCAAUUUGGUUGCCGCCCCCAGAGACCUUGGUCGUUGAUCCCGGCAGUCCUCUUUUGCUGUCGCCUUUCGCUGCGGCAAUCUCCCCAGUGGCAGGAGGUGCCGGACAUGGACCCCGGAACCCUGAGCCUGGCAGGGUCAUCAUCCAGGUUGCGCCUGAACCAGAGCUUUUGGCAUCAGCAAUACAACCUGCCAUCCGACCACCGUUUACACCCAACUGGGCUGCAGCAGGGUCUCUGCCUAGAGGUGCGGGUUAUUAUCCUGCACCCCUUGCCACAACACCUGUGCAGAUGACCUCGAUGUCCACCACAGCCUCCAGUGUUUCCCAGGCAGUCCAGGGGGGCGUUGCUCCUCAAGCUCCACCACCAGUGGCCCAGGUGGGUCCCAGCGUUCUCCCAUCCAAUAGUGAGCCCCUGGCCCUGUGGCUAUCCGAGGACCUUGGUGUGGCCCCUGCCCAAAACAGAGGGCCCCGUGAAGACUCCUGCAGCUCCCAGAGCGUUUACCAAAACUUCAGGCGCUGGCAGCGCUACAAGCCUCUGGCCCAAAUCUACCUUCCCCAAGCUUCAGACACUGCAGCCCUUGCCUGCUUUUUCAUCCCGGUGCUGCGCUCUCUGGGCCGCUUAGAGCCCACCAUGACUGUGGAGGAAGGUCUGCAAAGAGCCAUGCGAGAAUGGCAGUGCACCAGCAACUAUGAGCGCAUGGAGUAUUAUGAUAUGGCGGCAAAGUUCAUGGAGUUUGAGGCAGAGGAGGAGAUGCAGGCAGCGAUGCUGCAAUGCAGCCAUGGGGAGCAGGGCCUACAAUCUCCCACCACUCCAAUGCCUGAGCUUCAGGGGGCACCACUUCCAGCUGUGGGCCAGCAGCCAGUCUGUGUCCCCAGGAAUGCUGGUCCACAGGCUGUACCCCAAAUACGCACUGAUGAACAGCAGCUCCCCAGGACCCAGGCUCCUCCUGAGAUCCCCCCUGAGGCCGUGCAGGAGUAUAUUGAUAUCAUGAACGAGCUGCUCAAGGGCCCUGCAUUGGAAGAGGUCAGGAACGAGCAAGAGGAGGAGGCCCAGCCUUGGUCCAACUCCAACGUCCUCAGCUAUGUGGAUGAGCUGUGCUCCCAGGAAAACUUUGUCACCCAGGCGGAGACCAUCAUUCAACCCCGCUUCCUGGAUCACCUGCUCUCCCCCGACCCCCAGUUGGAUAUUUCAGCCCUGGCAGAGGAGUUGGAAGGGGUGGAGGGACUCAUCCCCUCGCAGCUUGCGGAUGAGCACAGGCCGGCCCUGCAUGAAGAUCAGGCUGGGAAGGCGAUGACCCCCAAGGACUCGAGUGCAGAGGAGAUUGCAGCUGACCACGGGGCCCUGUCACCCACCCAGGCACACAGGCGAGGGGCCAGCAAUGUCACCUGCGUGCCCUCAAGUCGCUCUGGGCACCCCUCAAGGCCUAUCCCACCAAAGGCUUCCUUGGUGGCUCUCCCCACCCUGGAGAGCAGGGCUGACCACUUUCUGGGCCAGGACCCUCCAGGCAUGAUCAUGCCUGGAUCAAGCGAGGGUUCUAGUGAGGAGAAGGCGCUGUCCAGCCUGGCCUCCCUCCUGGCCUCUCAGCAAAGCCUGGAGCCCUGCGGUGUGCCCCUGAGUCCUGCCCCUGCCCCUGGCCCCCAAAGCACCAGAAGUCGUGCUCGUCCCAGAACCCGCCUUCCUUCCAGAAGGGCCAUCCACACCUCGGGCCCUAAUUCUGCCUCUUCCCUGAACCAAGGUUCUGGCCCUACUGAGCAGACCCCAAAACCUGAGGCGCCCCCAAGGAUGCAAGGCGUUUACAGGGUUACCUUUGUACCGGACAGCCCCACACUCAGCCCAAGGAAGAGGGCUUUGUCCUCGAGUCCUGCCCGUGCCACUGGCCCCUGCUGCCCCCGGGGUCGGGAGGGUCUGCGGCCUCACCCUCCGCAGAGAAGGGCCUUCCAGCUGCCUGGCCCUACUGCUGCCCCAUCUAAAAGACGGCGAGUCUGCGUGGGCUCAGAGUCUCCCCCCGCGGAGCAGACCCCUCGGUCUGAGAAGACCCGCAUCCAGUAUAGGGGUGUGACCGUGGAGCUGGAUGGCCACACGCUCCCCCUGGACAGGUUGCAGCCUGUGGUGGUCCUGAGGAGGAUCAAGAUCCCCGGCCUCCCUUAG